GCGCCAUCGCGGGCUCCUAAAUAUUCCUGAGGGAGGGCCUCAUGCAAUCUGUCACUCUGGACACGGACUGAAGGGCCUUUUGAAGGGUCAGAAAGGCCUUGGCGACACCCAGAGGCCCCGUCAGGGCUGCGGGGCCACCCCAGGGGAUCCGACAGCGAUCAUACUAUUAGCAUUGAGGCUAUUAUUUCUUAAUCAAGAUCAUAGGCGUGUUUGCAUUCACGGAGUGUCUUACAUCCCCGAAGGAGAGAGGCUUCCUGAGGAGAAGAGGCCAGGCUUCGGUCGCUGCGUCUUUCUCUGAACGGUUAAAGCGACCGAGAGGGGUUCCUAGAGCGGAAGACGGAAGGAAGGAAAAGCCUCCUAUUGCGCAAGCCCCGCUUUUUCCGGCCAGUGGUGAGCUCGUUCCCUUCCUAGAGCGGCACCGGAAGAGGCUUGGGCUGCAGCGGGUCCUCCGAGGGGGGAGAGGAGUGCUUGGAGGAGGGCAGAGCAAGGCUGGCCCAACAAACGAACCCUCCGCCGUCUGCCGCCAGAGAAGCAGACCCUACUAAUUCUAUCAGUUUGUCCCCUUCAAAUAUCACCUGUUGGGAGAGAAGAGAAUAUCUUCUUCCAGUCUGGAGGCAUUCUAGAUGCAUAGAACAAAGAUGAAAGGGCAAGAACCAGCUGCCGCCAAGUUAGAAGUAUUUUCUUCUGCUGUUGAGGCAGAGAACAAUAGAGCACUCUGGGAGGACCUUUGGAAGAAAGACCAGGAGAACAAACUCCUUCAUUCAGAGCUUCAGUGCCAGCGCUUCCGGCAUUUCCACUACAAGGAGGCCUUGGGGCCCCGAGAGGUGUGCAGCCGCCUCCACUCUCUCUGCCGCCUGUGGCUGAAGCCAGAGAAGCACUCCAAGGCGGAGAUGCUGGACCUGGUGCUCCUGGAGCAGUUCCUGGCCGUCCUUCCUGCGGAGAUGGAGUGCUGGGUGAGGGAAUGUGGGGCAGAGACCAGUUCCCAGGCUGUGGCUUUGGCUGAAGGUUUUCUCCUGAGUCAGGAAGAGGAGAGGAAGCAGGAGAAGCUCCAGGUGCAGGACUGUUUUCCAGAUGAGACCAGUCAGGUGGAGGAGUCUCCUUCAGACACCAUGUGUGUUGCCCAGGCUGGAAAUGGAGCAUAUAUGACAGUUGGCAGUGAAACAUGGGCAAGUGACAGUAGUACAACUUUUCAUGAUUCUUCCCGAAGAAGAGAUUCUGCGGGACCACAUCAGGUGACUUUUGAAGAUGUCUCUAUGGAUUUCUCAGAGGAGGAGUGGGCCCUCUUGGAUCCAAGUCAAAAAGCCUUGCACCAGCAACUCAUGGAGGAGAAUUUAGGGCUUGUGUCAUCUCUAGAGAAGACAAAAUUCCAUUUGGAAGAUGGAAUAACUCACACAAGGGAUGAUCCAUUUGAAUGCUUGGAGUGUGAAAAGAGCUUCAAUCAGAAAUCAAACCUUGUUCGCCACAAGAAAGCUCACACAGGAGUAAAGCAAUUUAAAUGCUUGCAGCGUCGAAAGAGUUUGCAUUCAAAGACAAGUUUUGUUCAUCAUCGGGCAACUCACACAGGAGAAAGAGCAUUUAAAUGCUCAGAGUGUGGAAAGGGCUUCAAUCAGAAGAGAGACCUUGUUCGCCACCAGAAAAUUCACACAGGGGAGAAGCCAUUUAAAUGCUCAGUGUGUGGAAAGAGCUUCUGCCAGAAGUCAAAUCUUGUUCGUCACCAUUUAGCUCACACAGGAGAGAGGCCAUUUAAAUGUCCAGAGUGUGGAAAGAGCUUCUAUCAAAAGGUGCAACUUGUCAUUCAUCAGUUAGCUCACACAGGAGAGAGACCAUUUCAGUGCCUGGAGUGUGGAAAGAGUUUCCGUUGGAAGACAUCCUUUGUUCAUCAUCAGGCAAUUCACACAGGGGAGAGACCGUUUAAAUGCUCAGAGUGUGGAAAGGGCUUCAUUAAGAAGAAAGACCUUGUUGGCCACCAGAAUAUUCACACCGGAGAGAAACCAUUUAAUUGCUUGGAGUGUGGAAAGAGUUUCACCUGGAAGACGCUCCUUGUUAGUCAUCAGGCAACUCACACAGGGGAGAGUCCGUUUAAAUGCUCAGAGUGUGGAAAGGGCUUCAAUCAGAAGAGUAAUCUUAUUCGCCAUCAGAAAACGCACACAGGAGAGAAACCAUUUCAGUGCUUGGAGUGUGGAAAGAGUUUCCGUUGGAAGACAUGCUUUGUUAAUCAUCAAGCAACUCACACAGGGGAGAGACCGUUUAAAUGCUCAGAGUGUGGAAAGGGCUUCAUUCAGAAGCAAGACCUUGUUCGCCACCAGAAAACUCACACAGGAGAGAAACCAUUCAGAUGCUUAGAGUGUGGAAAGGGCUUCAAACGGAAGAUAGCCCUUGCUUGUCAUCAGGCAAAUCACACAGGAGAGAAGCCAUUUAAAUGCCCAGAGUGCGGAAAGAGCUUCUGCCAGAAGUCACAUCUUGUUAGUCAUCAGGCAACUCACACAGGAGAGAGACCAUUUAAAUGCUCUGAGUGUGGAAAGAGCUUCAAUCAGAAGGGACACCUUGUUCGCCAUCAGAAAACUCCCACAGACAAGAAUCCAUUUAAUUGCUUGAAGUGUGGAAAGAGUUUCUAUUGCAAGACAGGCUUUGUUAAUCAUCAGGCAACUCACACAGGGGAGAGACCGUUUAAAUGCUCAGAGUGUGGAAGGGGCUUCAAUCAGAAGAGUUACCUUGUUUGCCACCAGAAAACUCACACAGAAGAGAAACCAUUCAGAUGCUUAGAGUGUGGAAAGGGCUUCAAUCGGAAGGCAAACCUUAUUCGCCACCAGAAAACUCACACAGACGAGAAACCAUUUUAAUACUUAAGAGUCUAGAAGGAGCUUCAGUCAGAAGGCAGUCCUUGUUCAUCAUCAGGCAACUCACACAGGAGACAAAUUGAAACCAUAUGCUUAGAGAGUGGAAAGAGCUUUAAUGAGAAGCAAACCCUUUGUAAGCAUGAAAUAUGUAUCACUGGAGAGAAAACAUUUAAAUGCUCAGAGUGGAAAGAGCUUCAGUCAGAAUCAAUGUUCUUUGUCAUUAUGCAGCUAACACAGGGGUGAAAUAUUGUAUACACUUGGCUUGUGGAAGGAGCUUCAGUCAGAAUACUUCAUGCAAUUCACCGACCAAAAUUAUUAGCAUCAAAAGAGCUUCUGUCAAAUGAUUCAUUUCACUUCACACCAAGCAUCCAACGCAGGGGAACAAUUAUUUAAGUCGUCAGAGUAAGACAACUUACUCAGACAAAUCUGAGGAAAUGAAUCUUUAUCUUGGAAACCCCGAGUUUCAAACAUGGUAUUUGGGGGAAAUUAUAACCUAGAAUCAUAGAAUAAUAGAGUUGGAAGAGACCAUAUGGAGCAUCUGGCGCAACUCUUUAUCAUGCAGGAAAAGCACAAACCUGAUCCAUUUUCUUUGAUGAAAUGUGUAAUUAAGCAUAAGUGUUAAUAUUGUGAGAGCUAACGCAUAUUUCAGGUUUUUAAUCCACUGAUGCAUACUGGUUGCCGCAGAUAUUUCCUGUCCGGUUAAUCUGAGUUAAAAUAUAUUUAAUUGAGAAGUUUAAUGAGAAGCGUGGGAAUGGGUUCAAUUCAUGACUAACAGCCCUGUGUAUUAUGUAAUUCUAUGUGGUAGGGGUUUUUCUUUUAUGAAAUUGUUUUCCAUCAAUUCAUGUGUACUGGUUACUGUGAAUAUUUCUUGUCCUAUUUAUACCUUAUAAAUAAUAGAAAUUUUAUUA